CUAGAAACCUGAUCCAGCCGGUUGCCUUGUCGACUGGAUACACCAAUACUUGUCUACUUGUAGCCUGAGAUGAACUUCAUUUGAUCGCCAACUCGUGUGCUCGCCUAGAGUCGUCUCUGUGACCCUUGUGACCGUAGACUACGCCUGGGCAUCAAUACCUUUCGGCACCACACUAUGGCCAUUCCUACCGGCGCCGCAGCUUACAAGAAGAAGGAUGGCACCAUCACUCUCACGCCUGACCAGAAGACGGUGACAUGGACACCCAACACGGCUCCCACUGGGCCACCCGCCUUAUCUCUGUCAAUUGCCAAUAUAACCAAUCUCCAACAAACCCCUGACACAGCCGCCAAGGUUAUGUUGAAAGUCUUUGAAAAGAGUGCUGAGAGUGCUGAACCGGUGCCCUACCUCUUCCACUUCAACUCUCCUUCAGAUCCGAGGGGCGAGGCAAAUGCCAUCAAAACUUUAUUGUCCAAACUGAUUGCAGAUGUCAAGAGCAAUGACCCCAGUCUCCCAAAGCCAGCCUCGGGUGCUGCAACACCAGUGGGCGCUGGCAACUCCACAGUCUCUGCGAGCGUUUCCGAUCCCAAAUCUGCAGUAGCUCGCCUGUUCAAUGAUGAUGCCUUGAAGGGAGACAUUGCCCUACAACAGUCUCUUCUCAAAGCUGACCGGACCUUAUACCAGAUGUAUAUGGAGGGUCGGAAGACAAAGCCGGACACCAUGUCGGACACAAAUUUCAACACCCAGUUCUGGUCUACUCGGAUCAACUUGCUUCGAGCUUACGCCAUUGAAUCAAGUCAAAAGAGGGGCCCUUAUAAUGUACUCGCUCAAGUCAAACCCAUUCUGGUGCCAAAUGAAGAUCCAUCGAAGCAGAGCGAGCUGAAGAUUAAAGUUACCCAAGAGCAGAUUUCGGCCAUAAUGAGUCAGCACCCCCUUCUUAAGCGCAUAUUUAACGAAAAUGUCCCCCCCCUCAAUCAGAAUGAGUUUUGGGAAAGAUUUUUUCUUAGCAAGCUGUCAAAGAAACUAAGGGGUGAGCGUCCAUCUGGACUGGAGAUACCCGACAAGAUAUUCGAUAAGUAUGACGAAUACGAAGACAUUACAGCUUUUUCGAGCAAGCUUCUAGCGCAACAUGUACCACACAUCAUCAACCUCGAGGGCAACGAGGAGAAUCAGGGAGGUUUCAAGAGCGGCAACCGGAAGGAUGUCGAGAUGCGGCCGCGGGGCAGGACCGACGUACCCAUCAUACAGACAUUAAAUAGUUUGAGUGGAAAACUAUUAGCCAACGUGCUACCGGCUGAUAACGAUCCCGAAAACUCAACCCGAGUGGACGAUGAUACAUACCAAGAACUUGCUUUACGAGACUUACAGGGUGACAGCGAGGAGCAUCGUAUUAUGCUCAACAUACGAGAACAAAGUAGAUUUUUCUCCAAUAAUUCCAAUGGCACUUCCGAGACCGCCGCAGCCUUUUCUCGGCAGGACCCCAGGAAAGUCCUCGGAGGAGUGCAGGGUGAUCUGAAAAGCCUCACCUAUGAUGGCCUCGGAGGCGUCAACAUCCAUUCCUCGUUAGGAAUCAACGAUGACAGCGAAAGCGACGACGACGAGAAACCACAGCCGCACGUUGGAUCUCGAGAGUCCCGAAAGAACGCCCAGAAGCAGAUUCUCGACAGCAUGUUGCAAAGACGGUCACAACUCUACGGCCAGGACGCAGACGACACAGCACCGAUGGGCCUACCCACAGAAAUCGCCGCGAACUGCAACCUCACGCACGCCACGACCAUGGAGUUCCUGCACCAGUUCUGGUCCGCGUUUCUCUCAGGUGAUCCCGAGCGGGCAGCUGAGCUCGGGUAUCUAGCAGAGGCCCUGAAACGAUCGAAAGAUCGCAUCGAGGUCGUCGCCGUAGAAGCCGAGAAAGCCCGCGAGGAACAGAUCAAGAAGCGCAGGGCCGAGAUCCUCCAGAUCUACGAGCGGACCAGGAAAAAGCUCAAGUUCAACGCCAAGUCCGUCCGCGGCGGGCGAGAGGCCGUGACGAAACUCAUGGACCCCGUGGUCCAUAGCCUGGAUAAGGCCAUAGCGGACUACCAGAAAGCUCUGGCGGCGGAAGGUCUGCAGGCUAGCACCGAGUUGUGAAUGAAAUGCCAAGUUUCUAUAUAGAUUUAGACGUGCUUUGGGGGGGGGGGAGUUGGGGUAGGAUGAGAACCCGUACCCAGUUCAACUCCCUUUGGGACCAUGCAGCCUUUAACUAUCUUGGGCUAUCCCCCUUCAUUAUAACAUUAUAUAACUAGAGUUUACCAUGAUUUGUCUCUAAGAAGCGAGAGCAGGCGCGGAAGAGCAGCGCCGUUGGCCCCUUAGGAUACUCUCGUCAGCUA